UUCUCUCUAGUGUGCGUGUGUGUCUGCACUGUAGGUACCAGAGCGGCUUCCGGGUGUGCGUGUCCGUGGCAGCGCUGCACGUGGGGGGUGGGGGGUGAGUUCGGCGGGACUUUUAGGUUAAGACGUUUCCACUGGUCUGGUCGUUGGGCCGGAGGCCGAGCUGGAGCAGCACGGGCCCUCUCCAGGCGAGGGGAUGAGUCGUCCUCCCGGGGCGCGGAGGGCCCUGCGCGGGGCCAGCGAACACUACGACGAGCCAGCAGGUCCGCGGGCACCCAGGGGCCUGGGCGCACUUGGUGCCUGGUCAGACCGGCCGCCGCCUCCAGGCGCCGACCUGGGCUCCGCCGGCCGCAGGCCCUGCCCGGCCGCCCCCUCCCCCACGGCUCGUACUCUUCCUCCUUCCAUAGGACCCUUUUCCUUCUGCUGUCGGAGUCUUCGAACUUUGAAAAAAUGAGCUUUUGCCAAAUAAGACGGGAUAGUUUGUGGAGUUUUUUGAGGAGUGUCAGGACUCAGAGCGCCCCUCGUGGCCGGGCCCAGCCAGUGGCAGGCCCUUCUGGGCACACACGGCUCUGGCUUGAGCUCGGCCCUCCCACUCCCCGCGAGUCACGCCGGUCCAGAGACCCAGCUCCUCGCAUGCCUGAGACUCUCCAAGGGCCGCGUCGGCCCCUCGCUCCCAGCCAGGAUGCCCUUGCGGCGUCAGCCCCCCCCGCCCCCAGGAUGGAGCUCCUCGGGGCAGGGGCCCUGUGUGCUCAGCCUCUAUUCCCCCAGACUGCGACUCAAGGCUCCCCCGACCCCCCGCCCCCGACUUUUGCCGUGAAGGAGACCAGGGGCAAGGGACUGGGGUGGGGCCCAGAGGUGGGCUCCCCCCUCCCCCGAGUUCUGAGCUCCGAUGCGGGGAGUGCCAGCCUCCCCUUCCCUGUGGCUUCGUCUGUGAGGCAGACCCUAAGCACUCCUGGGGGAGCCCUGCCUCCAAGACUCCCCCAGACUUCAGCCUCCCUGGUGAAGUCCCCAGAACUCGCUGGGAAGGCCCGGGAGCUUUGCAGAGGAAACCGCCAUGACUCCUCGCCGUCUGCUCUGAUUCUCUCCUGACCCCACUGCCUUGAGGUAUUAGGAAGAGGGCAGGCCUGUGUGGCGGGCCCUGUGCCGUCACCGCCCCCUUCCCCAGGCAGGCCGACAAUACUCCAAAGUGGGGCACCUUUCUUCUCUGGAAACUCUAAGACAUUGGACUGAAGGAACCGGCCUGACGUGGGCUACACGGAAGGCAGCCGCUGCCCAGCCCUCUGUGUGCGGAGGCUGCUGGGGGCCACAGCCAGGAGCCUGAGCUGGUCUUUCCCCUUUGGGAGCAUCUGCUGGGAAGGGCCAUAGGCCCUCCCGAGCUCCGAGCAGCAGUGUCUGGCCCCUCCUGCUGUUUCUGGGGCUUUCAGAAGCACCAACCCACUUCUCAGUUACCUCCUCUGGCCAGAAGGCCCCAGUGCUGGCCCCAUGACCACCGAUGGACGUGCCAGGCACCCAGGGCCCUGACCCUGACCGCAGCAUUCCCAGCUGCUCCCCCCCCCCCCCCAGCUGCCCGGCAGCUGGGCCUACAAGGGUCUGGGGACGCUUCCAUAGGAAGGGGCUGGCACUUCGUGAUUGCCUCGGGUUUAGUGUUCAGCCCCCUGCCCCCAGUGCAAAUCCCUGUGUUUUGCUAUCUCCUGAACAAAAUGUAAACCGACACCUGAAAGCAAAAGGUAUCGAAUACCUUUUUUACCCAUAAGGGUUUUUACAAAGAAUGUGUCUCACUAGGAACUAGGACACUCAUCAGCCCGAGACCAACUCCCGGAUAAAAGGAAUAAAGGAGAAUCGUGUUUGUAAUAAGUUACAGGAUUGUUUCUGUCCUGGAUUUUAAACUUUUUGUUAAAUUGUGAAAUUAUGGAGGAGUUUUAUAGAAAAAAAAAGUGAAAUAAAGUCAGAUGGGAAAGCA